AUGGCGGAGUGCCCCUCGCGCAUCCAAGAAAACACGGAGAGACACCGGCCACAGCGUGCUCAAGACAGCGGCGACCGCUAUCGAUCACAACGUGCAAACGUCGCUCAAGAAGAAGACUCGGGCGACUACCUCUUUUCGAUCGGUGAAACGACAUCUGCGAAAUCGAGCGACAUCUGGCUGGUCGACUCGGGAGCGACGCAGCACAUGACGUGUUCCAAGAAGUUCAUGCGGAACUACAAGGGGUUUGACGCUGUGGAUGUCCAUCUAGCGGAUGAUGGAAUCGUCCAAGCAAUCGGCAGUGGGGACAUUGUCAUGUCGAUGAAGACACCCCAAGGGAUGAAGAAAGGUGUGCUCACAAACGUGUGGCACAUCCCAAAAGUUAUCCAGAAACCUGUUCUCGGUCGGCCGCUUCACCAAGGAUGUCGGCCCAGUGACGUUCACGAAGGAUGGGUGCUAUGGAGAAGCGAAAGGGACCAAGUGGAAAAUUGGUGCCCGUGA